AUGUCCUCAUCGAACACGGAUCAUAACAAAGUGUCCGAUAACUCUCAUUUGAACAAAACUCAUGACCAAAACAAACAUACAACUGGGCACACUACAGCCGUAAACACAAAGAAUGCGAAAACAGAAGGUCAUCAACAUACACUUUCACAUCACGAUCCAGAUGCUGAAAAACAUGUCACUCUGGAUGUUCAUCCGGCUAACCAUGCGAAAGCUACUCAUCAUCAAGUAUCCGGAAAUAAACCAGUGCACGAUCAACCAAGCGAAAACAAAAUCGAAGCUCACCAUGAUUCUGAUACUAUAGCGCAUGGACAUAGCGAUGCACACCAUAAGGUAGCCUCACAUAGUCCACAUCGUAAGCCGGAUACUCAUCAUCCACACAAAGAAGCUCACGAAACACUGGAACCAGCCAGUCACGCGGAUGUACAUGAAAAACGAGGUCAACACAGUCCACGUCAUAAGUUACAUACUGGAGAUUCACACAAGGACACCCAUCAAAGUUCUGAUACGCACGAAAAAGCAGAAACAGCAAUUCACGUCACUGUGCAUGACAAACAUGCUUCGCAUAAUCCGCAUCAUAAGCCGGAUGUUCAUCAUUCACACAAAGACGCGCAUGGAAAAUCGACAACACAUUCUCAAUCAGAUGCACACGGGAAAAUGGCUCCACAUAAACAACAAACAAAAUCCGAUCCGCCCGAAACAGAAAAUAAUGCUACUCUUCAAUCUGAAAACAUUACAACAGACUCAAGCGUAUUGAAUACCGAACUGAUAUCCGAAAACGUCGAAAAAACUACCUAA